ACAUAUCAUACGAAACCGGAGCGUAUUGUGAAACAGUUCUGUUCGUUAGCUUGACUAGACUUGACUUCCUCCUCACAAUCGAGAGUGAGUGAGCGCAUUGUGCGUAUACAACACAAAAAAAAAAUUUAAUCGCAUCGGGGCAAAUUAUUUCCCAAACCGAUAGAGAUAGAGAGAGUGAGCUGGAAAAAAAAAGAAGUUGUUUAGUGCGCGUAUUAAGAAGCAUCUAAUAAUUACUUGAAUUAACAAAUAGUUGGCAAAAGAGAGCCUCAACCGAGUUAUAGUGGGUGAACAGAGCCGAAGAAGAAGAAAAAAAAACGCGAGAGAAAAAAGAGCAAGCACGAAGAAGUGAAGAAGUAACACCAAACGCGCGCGACAUUAUUCAUUAUUUGGGGAUUUAUUAAUAAGUUUAUGGGAAAAAAGUCUAGUUGUUUUUAUUGCCAUUGUAAUCGGCUGUAUUUAGCAGCAGAGCACUAAAGAUUCUUCUGGCCGACGACGAUAUCGAACACCUGUUCAAACGAGACGCGAGCGAAAAAAGUAGGAUUUGUUUCUGCGACUGGACUUCUUAAUUAGAGGUCGUGGAUUUGAUAAAGAGUGCGGCGAACAGCCAAAGUCAACGAGAAAAAGUUUAACAGAGUGACCACCAACAAUCACAUUUGCCACACUGUGCAAAUUGGUCAAGACAAGAUCCGAUCUGCGAGGAGCAGCAGCAACGGCCGCGCACACGAAGUGCGCACAGUGACAUUUUUCACACGAUACAAAAAUAUAUCACGCGUGCAUUCGACACACAACCCAUUGAUGUGAUUAUUAUGUGGAUAAAUAAUAGUUUAGUGAAAUGAACUACGAAAGAGCAAAAAAGAAAAAAAAAUUACACGCUGACCAUUUAAAAUAUUUGACAAAUGUGUACUAAUUAAUUAGUUUGUGUUUAAGGGAAAUAUUGAUUCUUUCUAAACAUAUUCACAUUGGCAUCGUAUCAAAACACAGAGAGAAAAAGCACACAUUUUUGGUUCCAGAAUUAACAGUUGAACGAAAAAAAACGAAAAAAAAAACAGACAGUAAAAGUGUUAAAAGCCAUAAAGCACGUGAAAUUAGGGUUGAAAUUUGACAUAAUCACUACGUACUUUCUUCGGUGGCUCACGCUUUUGUUCUACUUAUCGAAUUUAUUGACUAAACUACCGAAGACUUAUUGCCGUUGUAAAAUCAAGCUGCUAGUUGUUCUGCCUUCAAUCGACACCAAUUGCGGAACGUCAAGAACAAUCGCACAUCGAUAACUCUGCACAUAGUUGAGCGCGAAUUGCUUGCCUGUCAUUCGAUUAAUUAUCCAACGACUGAAAGCGAAGCGACGAUAAUUCCGUAUUUUUACCGGAGAUACGGAAAACAAAAGGCCAUCAUUUGCACGGAUUCGAUUAGCAGUACAUCUUAAACAAGCCAUUGCUAAUGUGCAACAUUUGAUACCUUUUCGCCUGUUAUUAUUUUGUUGGGUGCAUUUAGUGGAAAAUUAAAUUUCGAAAAUCCAAAACUGACUUACCGGCCGUGCGGAAUAAAUGAAAAACAUUUCGCUGAUCUGAAAGAGAGCCAAUAUUGUUUUGGAGCGUGUGUUUUUUUUUUCUCUCUCUUCAUUCUUUCGCACCGAGAGCAUUUAGCAAAUUAACAAAUCGGGAAGAAAAAUGUCGAGUUCACAUGCUUUAUCAACGAUUGAACCGCUGAUACCGAGUUCCAGUAACAGUUUAUUGACAACCACAUCAAAUGACCGUAGUCGUAGUCCAGACAAUGAUCGCAAUCUAUGCGUUAUGCUUGAUGAUCGAGAUUUAUGGAUGCGCUUUCAAAAUUUGACCAAUGAAAUGAUUGUCACGAAAAAUGGCCGGCGCAUGUUUCCCGUGGUAAAGAUUACAGCCAGCAAUCUUGAUCCGGCCGCCAUGUAUUCAUUCUACUUGGAAUUUGUGCAAAUUGAUAAUCAUCGAUGGAAAUACGUGAAUGGCGAAUGGGUGGCUGGUGGAAAAGCUGAAGCUCCGCCAUCAAAUCCCAUUUAUGUGCACCCUGAAUCGCCAAAUUUCGGUAGUCACUGGAUGAAAGAGCCCAUUUCCUUUGCCAAAGUUAAGCUAACCAACAAAGCCAAUGGAAACGGACAAAUUAUGCUGAAUUCUCUGCACAAAUACGAGCCACGAAUCCUUUUGGCCCGUGUCAGUUCGGAGCAUCAACGUGUUAUACCAUAUCCAUAUCCAGAGACACAAUUCAUUGCUGUGACUGCAUAUCAAAAUGAAGAGGUGACAUCACUGAAAAUCAAGUACAAUCCAUUUGCCAAGGCGUUUCUCGAUGCAAAAGAACGACCGGAUGCGAUUUAUUCACGAGAUGGCGGCAGUUAUGGCUGGUUUAUACCGCCAGCUUCAUCUUAUGCAUCAUCGUCACCCACGCAUAGCGGCCCCAUCGGAACGGCACAUAAUCGGCGACAAAUCGAAAACAAGCAAGACAAUCAACAGCAUGAAACGAGUACAACAUCGUCAUCAUGCGAACGAUAUGGAACCGUUUCAACGGUGCGAACUACAACCGCACGAUCAGCACCUUAUACAACACAUCGUCCUCGUGCGAUUAGCAAUAACAGUUUAUCACCACCGUCAUCAUCGUCUAGCUACUUGCCUUUAGAUCCAGUUCCUUCGUCAAUUUAUGCCAGCUAUCCAAAUUGGCAGAAUUCAACGGCCUCUUACUGGUCAACUACCACACCAGGCAGUCCAAUAACAUCAGCCGUUUCGCCAACGCAUUCGGGUGACUCGCCCGUAUACGCUUCACAUCAUUUAGCAUCGCAGGCUUAUUCAACCGGAGCAACCGCUCAGGUUGACCUCUAUCAAAUGCCCAAUAACAAUAACUCACCACCUCAGUUUUAUGCAACUCCCGCAGCACCGACCACCCAUCAAAUGUACCACCCGUCACCAACAUCAUCAUCGCAGAUCUAUGGCAAUAUGCUGAAUGCACCAACAUUAACAAAUCUAAGCUAUGCAUCUACAUGGCAUUCCGGUGCUGACUAUGGCAUGUUUCAAAAUAGCUACCACUAUCAGGCACCCGAAUACAUUCCAAUUAUUAGUGACUUGAGUUCAUCGUAUGCGCCACAAAUCCACGAAAAUCCAAUUCAACCAUUGCCAAAAUCGGAGAAUAAUUCGGAUUCGGCGGCCAAUAAUGCCAAUGUCUACAAUCAACCGAAUAAUUCGCCCGAGAUAUUGAUGACGUUGGAAUGCAAUGGAAAUCGUACAUCUGUGGUCACGCCUAUCAUUGACAAACAAACACAACCUCAGCAAACAGCCCAAACACCAAAUUCCACGCAACAAAUGACCGCUGCACAAACACCGUCAACCGAUCAACACUUGAAUCGAACGAAUUGGGAACCAUUGACCCCACCACAAUAACAAAAUAACAAACCAUUCACUUGUUUAUGUCUCUGUUUUCUUAUGGUUCUUUUUUCUUCUUAUUUUUCUUUUUCUUCGAGAAGCCAAACAACUUGUACUCUGCAUUCUGACAAUCAAGAUUUUUUUUUGCUGCGUGCAUUUUAUAUGGAUAAUUACCCACUGAAUGACUUCUGAUAAGAAUGACGAAAAAAGAAUUUCUUUAAAUAAUUUUUAGGCCAAGUAUAUCAUUCCAAAUCUCAGUCUCUCUCUCUCUCUCUCUCUCUCUCUCUCUCUCUCUCUCU